GUGAUCGCUGGUGCGGGUUCCUUGUUGGUGAUCUGUGCGAGUACGAGGGAGAAGAGAGAGGGGGGUGGAGGAAGAGGAGUCACGCGACCGGCGGGAGCGUCGCGUGAAGGCAGCGGAACGUCGCGUCGUACGGUUUGGUGCUCCGAGGGGGAACCGGAAGCCGCUAUAUUGGAGAAGAAGCGGGAAAGCGGCGUGCCGCUCUUCUGUGUGCCGCGGCAGAGGCGCUCGUCCCAGCCCGGAAACAAUGAAGAGAUGAUCGCGAGCCUGCCAAUCAACGGCGGCGGCAGCGGAGGGCCGGUGAGCCGCGUGGGUCGUGGAUUGGCCUUGCACAGGUCCAACUCCAGUUUGGAGCUUCCACACAGUCCGGAUCCCGCGUCCCGGGUGCCAGAGACGCCUCUGAGGAGGGAGUAUGGAUCACACGGGAGCAUCGACGUAGUGGCGCAGUCCGUCUCGGCCGGCGAGAACUUCUUCGCGAUAUUGCAGGACUUCCGGCCACAGGAACAGCGCGGCGCGGUCGCUGGGGAGUACCUCCGCCGCGUUCACCAGGACGGGGGCCAGCCGCUCGACGUUGACGAGGUCUGCGGUCCGACCGGCGCCGGCUCGAGUCCGAAGUUGCGGCUCAAGCUGAACAGACUGUGGGGCAGCAAGCCGCCGCGAGCGAUGGAGGAGACGUGCACCAGCACGGUGGUGUCGGCCGACGUGGAGGAGCGCCAUCGAAGACGAGCGUUCGCCCAUUACGACUGUCAGUCACUCACGGCGAACUUGGGCUACGCCGCGAAGCUCCGGGGGAUUCUCUUAGCCAGGAGAAGAAACACAGCCACCGGCGCGUCCGCCGCCAGCGCGCUGAGAGCCUCCACCCCCGACGAAGCUCCCGAAGAGGACGCCGGCGAUGGGAAAGGUAACGACCUGCUGGAGCCGUGUCCCUUCUUCCGCAACGAGAUCGGCGGCGAGGGGGAACGCGAGGUCGGUCUUACUCGCUGCUCCCACGGCAAUGGGAUUCACAGACCGUCGCUGUCCUACGGGGUCUCCGUCCUGGAGCCGCCGCCCGGCGAGACCCUGUGGAAGCACACUUGCCCACUGCAGAAGCGGUCGCUUCCCAUCGAGAGCGUCGACGAGGGGGCUCAUUAUUACCGGCGAUACUUUCUCGGACGAGAGCACCAGAACUGGUUCGGCAUGGAUGAACAGCUGGGUCCGGUGGCCAUCAGUAUCCGCAAGGACGUCAAUCAGUACCGCGUGAUCGUGCGUACGUCGGAGUUACUGACGCUCCGCGGUUCCGUGCCGGAAGAGGCUCUCGGGAUCAGGCCUCAAGGCCGGCCGCCCACGAGGGAGCUUUUGGAGCUGGUCGCGCCGGAGGUGCAGUUGGGCUGCUUGAGGCUCGGCACUUCCGCCGCCGAGGAAGCGGUCACGAGAUUGGACGAGCAAGGGCUGUCCAACAAGUACAAGGUCGGCGUGUUGUACUGCCGAUCCGGCCAGAGGACCGAGGAGGAGAUGUACAACAAUCAGCACGCCGGUCAGGCCUUCUUGGAGUUUCUCGACACCAUCGGCCAAAGAAUAAGACUGCGAGGAUUCGAGGGUUACAAGGCCGGUCUGGACACCAGAACCGACUCGACGGGUACGCACGCGGUAGCGGCCACGCACCGAGGGGCGGAAGUCACCUUUCACGUGUCCACCAUGCUACCCUUCACGCCUAAUAACCGUCAACAGCUGCUGAGGAAGAGGCACAUCGGAAAUGACAUAGUCACGAUAGUUUUCCAGGAACCCGGUGCAUUGCCAUUCAGUCCGCGAAGGAUACGCUCCCAAUUCCAGCACGUGUUCAUCAUCGUGAGAGCCAUAAAUCCGUGCUCGGACAACACGCAGUACAGCGUGGCGGUGUCCAGGAGCAAGGAGGUGCCCAUCUUCGGGCCGCCUGUGCCACAAGGUGCCACGUUCACGAAGGGAAAGGCAUUCGCCGAUUUUAUUCUGGCUAAGGUCAUAAACGCCGAAAAUGCAGCUCACAGAUCCGAGAAGUUCGCCACCAUGGCCACGAGGACGAGACAGGAAUACUUGAAGGAUCUGGCUACCAACUAUUCCUCCACCACAGUCGUCGACACGGGCCAGAAGUUCUCGAUGCUCUCCUUCAGCAGCAAGAAGAAAGCGGCGGUACGGCCGAGGCUCUCGUGCGAUGCGUCUCAGCGCGGCGCGAUUUGCUGGCAAGUCAUACUCGAGGACAGCAAUCAGAACACGGAUUGUUAUCUAGGUAUAAGCAUAGACACCAUCGUGCUGAUCGAGGAGCACUCCAGACAGAUAGUAUUCGUCACUCCGUGUGUGAAUGUGCUCGGCUGGCACGCCCAGACCAACAGUUUAAGAUUGUAUCAUCAUCAAGGCGAAUGCAUUACCAUACACGUACGCGGUGAUUACGGCGAGCGGGACGAGUUAAUGGAAAUUGUGGCCCGGCUGCGCGCCGUGACUCAAGGCGCGCCGGCCUCCGAGCUGUCUCUGAAGAGGAACAGCCUCGGACAGUUGGGCUUCCACGUUCACCCCGACGGCAUCGUGACGCAAGUCGAAAGUAUGGGGCUCUCGUGGCAUGCGGGCUUGAGGCAGGCCUCCAGGCUGGUCGAGAUUUGCAAGGUGGCCGUGUCGACCUUGAGUCACGAUCAAAUGGUCGAUCUUCUCAAAACCAGCGCUCAGGUCACCGUCACCGUGAUACCGCCAAACAACGACGGGAAUCCGCGAAGCGGCUGCUCGUUACAAAACUGCCAGUACCUGUCGACUAAUUACGAAGGGGAUUACGAGAACGUGGCGAGCGCGGAUAACACGCCGAGUCAGCAGACGGCGAUGUCGCAUCAGAGGCGGUACGACCGAUCGUUCAGUCCGCCGCGAUCGAGCAACAGCUCCGGGUAUGGUACUGGAUCAAGCUCUAGAUCGUUCAACGAUCCACGGUUUCCGUUGGAGGGUACAAUGACUAGCAGCAGUAGCGGACACAGUAGUGCCGAUGAUCGUUGGUACGAGCUUCUGGAGCCGCAGGAUCAGGACGGCGGGCAUCGCGCGGACGGCACGCCGCCGCCGCUGCCGGCGCGGCAGAGCUUCCAAGCGGUGACGCCCAGCAAGACGCCCACGUCUGGCCAUAAGAAAGACAAGAGCUCCCAUUACAUCAGCGCGAAGCAGCUCGCGGACAGCUCGAAGCAGCAUCGCGAGCACGUCCACGAGCAUUACCCGAAGGAGGGCAACUACGUGUCGUCGAAGGUCUUUCAAGAGAACGCGCGACACGAGAAUUACCAGCGGCAGCUGGACAACGCGCACCGUUCUCAGGAGCACGUGACCGCGAACUACGUGAAACUGCAGAAGGAGAGGUACGAGGUCAAGCAGGAGAACCUCUACGCCUCGCAGAGGGAGCUCCACAAGAACGAGGCGCAGCAGCACCACGGCCACCAGAAGCUGAGCGCGUCGAAUUCGCUGCCGCUGGCGCACAACGCCGUUUACAGUCUGCCGAAGUCGGGCAGCAACAACAACCUCGGCAGGUACAACGAGUACGAGCAGCCCGGCAACAAGUACAACGACUACGAGACGUCGAAGCCGGACAGGGGCUCGAAGUACGAGCUGCAGGAGGAGAAGAUGAUGGAGCGAUCGCAGGUCAAGUACGAGCACGACGCGCGCCACGAGAAACGGCUCGCCUACGAGUAUCCCGAGGACAUGUACGAGAGGAGGAACAGCAAGUACGACGUGGAGCUCGCGAAAUACGAGAUCGAGUGUCAGCAUGUGAACAUGAACAACGAGAGGAAGCACAACGAGAGCGAGCACAAUCGUGACUCCAUCAAGUACGAGAUGCCGCACGACUUCAAGCUGGGCGAGAAGGUCACCUGUCUGAAGACCAGCAUGUCGGAGCGGCCGGUGCCGCACAAGGUGAACGUCGAGUACCGGCAGACCAAGGACUUCCCGGCCAGUCUGCCGCCGGAAAUGAGGAUACCGGAUGCCAUUAAUUGCCCGGAGGUCGCCGCCCUGCCCAGCGAGGACGAGCUGUCGAACGGCUCGGGCAGCGUGUCGCCCAGGCUGCGACGGGCCAGCAAACAUCGCGGCGGCAACCGCACUCCUUCCAGCGGCGGCUCCAGGAACCAGAGUCCGCGGCCCAAGCCGGGAAUGCGGAACGCGCACAGGAACUCCGCGAACUUGACGUCCAGCACCCUCCAGGAGGACCUCAUGAGACUGAUCAACCCCGAUUACAUCGCCGACGACAGCCAGAUCAUCAACAACAACCUCGUGAACAGCGUGAUGAGCCCGAAUCAAAACUCGAACAAGCUGAACAACAAUAUGCUGGAGAUACAGAACCGGUGCAGGUCCAGGGAGAAUCUCUGCGGCAACAGCGCGUCCACCUUGAGCGUCUUGCCCGCGAACGGCCAGGAGAACGGGAACAACGGGUCGGAAGUGAUCUUGACGAUGGCCAGGCCUGCGACGGUGAUCUCAAACGCCAGCACUGCCUCGAGCCCGGCGCUGAGCGAGAACAAAUUGUCGAAGGAAGAAAGAUUAUCACCGCGUGUCACGAAGCCGCUUCAUCCGAUCUCGAAGCCGCACAACAAUCUGACACCGAUCAAGGAUAUAAAAAAUCACAAUGACACUAACAUGGACUGUUGGAAGAACCAGCACACUGAUCCCAACAGAUCAAAGCAGCAUCCUCAAGAGUGGCCCGACGACAGGCUCGUCGAUGGUAACAACGCGAACGCAAAUUCCGUUUCGGACCUGCAGUCGCAUCUAUCCACUCUCGAGCUGAGAAUGGCCAGGGAGACGCGCCUGCGACUGUCGUUAGAGGACGAGGUGCGCCGGUUGCGCGAUGAGAAUCGACGUCUGCUCGAGUCCGAGAGCUUGCGACAAUCCUUGGAGGACGAGAACCGUCGUCUGAAGGACGAAAAUCACGCAGCCGCGCAGCAGCUCCGGCGUUUCACCGAGUGGUUCUUUCAAACGAUGGAUCACCAGUGAACCAACGACGGGAUCAGUCUCGGCUGCUCCGUUGUCCAACGUGAUCGUCUGGAAACGCAGCAAUCGGUUGCAACAGUAGCUAAAAAGUGGUCGUAUCAGUAGAAAUGCCUGUUUUCGGAUUUUUAGCUCGACCAACUCAAAAAAGUAACUUCGUUCAGAAUCAAAUGAAUUUGCAGAACAUUUUCUUUUUUUCUUCUGAAAACUUCCGAUCUCGCAUGUUUGAAGCAGAUUUGGUUUCAAUACGGCUCGGACACUUUUCUCGUUGCAGUAGAACGCAGCCGGUGGAGUUAUGAGCCAACCAAUGAGAGAACUUGUUUUUGAUUAAUUCCCAGAAAUUAAGUUCUCCCAUCGAACUGUCCACUGUGUUCCAAACUAUAUCGAAACCAAGUGUGUAUAUUGCGUCGUGUUUGCCUUGUCAUUUCCUAGAUCGAAAAUUACACGAUUUUCAAUCUUACACGUAUAUACAUAUGUAUGUACAUAUAUAUUCACAUACACACAUAUAUUCAUAUAUAUUGUAUAUAUAUAAAGUUAAAACCGUUAUAAGUAAAGCCAUUAUAACCUUGUCAUUAUAAUUAGACUUGCUUACGCGAUUUUCAACCUUAUAGAAGUGAUAUAUAAGGCAGAAAAUCGUGUAAUGUACCGUCCAGGGAAUGAUACGACACACACGACGCCGACCGCAUUAUCACUUCUCAACCAUCGAUAAAUUGCUGGCAUCUCGUAGUAGUUGUUUAAACGAGAGGAGAGGGUAAGGCAUGCGUAUCAAUAUUCUUGAUACGUAAACUCGGCGAAUUAUCUGUAUUAUCUCGUUGGAUCGGUCGCAUUUAUUUUUCGCAUUAUUAUUUCUCAGUUGCUCGAAUUGGAGCACGAUCUUUGUAAGUGCAGUAUUAAUAUGACCUUCGUCUGAGCAUGAUGUGUAGAUGUCGCGAUAGAUCGUUCGGGGACUAACCGAGCGAUCUCGGGCGAGCGAAAGGCGCAGCCCGCGAUGCUUUCGGCACUCCUCGGACGCUUUGUAACAUAUAGACGUGUUAAGCUGUUCUGAUUGUAAAGUUUAAGUUACCAUCGUACCGUCUCUCUCACGGGAGGCUCGUACGUUGACGACAAAAUCAUUAGUAGAUCGUGCGACUACGGUAGUUACAUAUAUGGUAAAACAUCAUAAACGUGCAUCUUGGUGCGACGAGCGCAUGUUAGAGGUAUAAAUUAAUGUUGAGAACUCUACACGAAAGAAGCGACCAAAUGACCAAAUAUUACUAGAAGCACUAAGGAUUUUACUUUAAUUCUGUAAUUUAUUACGCCUUUUGUAUUAAUCGUCUAUAGAGCGUUAACGUCUGAAGCCGCGGAAGCGAACACAGAGAGGCUCGAGGCGGCGCUUACCGCGGCCUCCGCCAGGAAUUUCUCGUCGUGAGUCCGUUGUAACGAUUUCGACGCGAAGUAUGAAAGCGGCGUUCAUUGAAAGCUGUAAGUCAAUCAAUAAAGAGAAAUGCGUACUUGAA